GCUUCACCCACCAUGCGCCGCACUCCGCAACGCCCACGCUCGGGCGACACUCCUGUCGCAACCCCUCGUACCAUCGAACCACCCACCAAGAAAGUCUUCAACUGCAUCGCCGACGACUCUGCUUUGCUCGCAGGUGCAAAGAAGAGCACUCGCGACGGCAUUCGCAAGUGGAUCGCCAACGGCCAGAUCAGGCUCUUCGUGCCCCUCUACAGUACGUCGCUAUGCAGACAACCCNUCGCCCAAACCACUCGCCUGAAGGACGGAAAUGGUCGCAUCAGCAGCGACGCCGAAGACGCUCUCGUUUGGCUGGACGACGCCACUAGCACCUACCCCCACCUCGUCACGCUCCAAGGCGGCUUCGAAAAAUUUGAGACAUGGGCAGAAGUCGAGAAGUUCGCUUUGCCCAGAACCUUGUUCUCUGAAGGCGACGUUGAAGAUGAGGAGGUGGAAAGCUUUAAGGACGACCUUGCUCAGAGCACCGAAUCCAAACUUACCAUUCGCGAUGCAACCCUCUCCAUGAGCUCCGCCGAUACCGAUGGCUCCCGAUCAGCAACCCCAUCCUCUGUACAUACCGCUCGCAGCUCCGUCAGCGCCGAGCCUCCCGCCGAGUGCCCUCCCAAGAGCCGUGGCCGCUCUCAUGCAUCCAAGUCCCCAGCCAAGAAGGCCGCGUCCGACUCUUCCUCGACUUCUGGUGUUCCUUCGCACCUGCGCCCUCUGUUCAACUACAUUCUUUGGCGCAUUCACCAAGAGCUGGAUCCCGUUGCCGCUCUCGAAUCUUUCAUCUUCUUGACCGAUGACCCGACCAAGACCAAACUCGCCCAGCGCUUCGGUAUCCGCACCAAGAGCCUUGCUGACAUCCGUUACGUUGUUGCCAGGGAAGAGCGUGAGUUCAAAAACAGACAGCUCGUCCAACGCAAGGAGAUUGAGAGUAACGCCGUUCUUGCACUCCCCGAUACUCGUACCACCCCUGCGAAGGCCGUCAAAGAGGAAGACAAAGUGCGUCCAGAGCUUUUGCCCGUUGACGAGAGACCUGCUCCGGUCAGCGAAGAUGAAGAAGACGAGGUUCUGCUGAAGCGUCCGCCUAAGGCACCUGCAGCUAUGCUCGCUCAACACAAGUCACCCAAGCCUGGAAACAAGGCCAUGGAUCCAAACCACUUCUCACGUGGAGCUCAGACCCCCACUCGGGGAAAUGCUCGUGGUGGUGGCUUCAGAGGCAAUGCUUCUCGCGGUCGUGGUACCCCCUUUGCACCUGCAACUGCUGGAAGAGGCGUCGCUCCAGCAAAGCUGGAUCUUACUCCCACCACCAACGGUAAUGGACCGAUCGACCCCAAUUCCUUCACUCGUCCUAUUGCCAACACCAACAAGUUCAGGGGCGGCCGCAGACUCUGGGUCCCUACGUAA